AUGGACUCUAAACUUCUACACCGUUCGGCGGAGGUGUUGCUUGAUCAAUUAACAGAACAUCUGGAAGAUCCCCAUGGACUGGGCUUUAUGAGCCCUGCUAUUUACGACACUGCAUGGGUUUCAAUGAUUCAGAAGGAUGUGGGUGAGCAAAAGACGUGGUUGUUCCCUGAGUGCUUCGGAUAUCUUCUGCAAAACCAGCUCGAGGAUGGGAGUUGGAUCACAUACGCCUCGCAGAUUGACGGCAUUCUUAACACUGCCGCUUCUCUGUUGGCAAUGAAGCGUCACUUUACAACACCACUUCAUAUCAGUACCAUCUCACAGGAUGCUCUUUCAAUGCGCAUUGAUCGAGCCACAAAUGCCUUGCAGCAGCUACUACACGACUGGGAUGUAGAAUCUACCCUACAUGUGGGGUUUGAGAUUCUCGUCCCUGCGCUGCUAGGUUAUUUGGCGGAGGAGAGCAUCACCUUUGAGUUUCCUGGACGUGAUCUGUUAUUUUCCAUACGCGACCAGAAAUUGGCUCGAUUCAAAGCCGAGUUUCUCUAUGCGCCAGUCCAAACCACGGCCUUGCAUUCUCUAGAGGCUUUCAUCGGACUUAUCAACUUUGAUCUCGUUCUUCAUCACAAAGUGAAUGGCUCAUAUAUGGCAUCGCCAUCGUCCACAGCUGCGGUGAUGAUGCAUGCCACUGUAUGGGACGACGAAUGCGAGGAAUAUAUCCGCCAUGUUAUCCAACAUGCAUCUGGAAAGAACUCUGGGGGUGUCCCUAGCGCCUUUCCUUCCACUAUUUUUGAGAUCACCUGGACGCUCUCUACCCUCCUCAAGGCCGGGUUCGACUUGGACGCAAAGUCUCUACCAUCCGUUGAGAAGGCCCGUGCAUACCUCUACGAUGCGCUCAUUGCGGACAAAGGAACCGUCGGGUUCACGCCUCGGGUUUGUGCCGAUGCCGAUGACACAGCCAAGUCCCUUCUCAUACUGAACUUGCUACAAUCCCACAUAUCGCCAGAUGCAAUGCUGGCAGCGUUUGAGGCCGAAAAUCAUUUCAAGACCUACCCCUUUGAGCGCGAUCCCAGCUUCUCAGCCAACUGCAAUGUUUUGCUGGCACUGCUCCACGCAGAAGACCCGUCUCAGUAUUCGUCGCAAAUCGAGAAAGCCUCGAGGUUUUUGCACAAACAUUUCCGGGAGUCGCCCGGCCUCAAAGUUCAGGACAAAUGGAACCUAUCCCCCUUAUACUCUUGGAUGCUCAUGACCCAGGCCAUUGCCCGUUUGUACCAUCUAUACCAGAGCUCCCAAUUGCCCUCUCUCCGAGACUUCCUCGAGGAAGAGCUCUCAGUGCUCCUAAAAGACAUGGCGAUCUCUAUUCUACACCAACAAAAUCCAAAUGGUUCUUGGGGUACCAGAAGCUCCAAGGAAGAAACUGCCUAUGCUGUUCUCAUGCUCACAUAUGCGGCGCAAUGUGAGCGACCCGACGUAUCGCAUCAAGAAAUAAAAGCGGCCGCUCAAAAAGGCUGCAUUUUCCUUCGCUCGGAUACAACAGUGGGCUCGGAACGUCUGUGGGUGGAGAAAGUCACUUAUGAGUCGGAAAUUUUAUCGCAAGCCUAUAUCUUGUCAGCACUGAACAACGCGGCGGGCUUGCAAACAGAGGUAGAGACUGAUCCUCAACCAGUCUCUACCAACGGUGUCAAUGGACAUCAUACCGAAAAUGGUGAGAAAACCAAUGGCACAAAUGGAAUACACACCAAUGGUCACAGUCAGGGAGUGGCCGCAACAAAUGAAAUCGAAAUCGUUGAGCCCGAGUCACUGGCGCCUAUUCCUGAGGUAAUGCCAAUUCCCGAAGUGGUCAUUUUGGAUCACCAAAAGAACGGGAACGGCCAUGAAAAGACCUUGGAGUCCACGCCAACUCGUACCAAUCAUGGUUCCAACCUCCGCAAACGACGCGAAUGGACCAAGGAACAAGAGCAGAUUGUCCUGGGACCUUUCGACUAUCUCGAAAGUCUACCGGGGAAGAACAUGCGAUCCAAAUUCAUCCAGGCUUUCAACACCUGGCUCCAAGUACCGCAGGAGCACCUUGAAGUUGUCGAAAGGGUAAUCACAAUGCUGCACAAUGCAUCGCUUCUCGUCGACGAUAUUGAAGAUAGCUCGGUACUUCGCCGGGGUCAGCCAGUAGCCCACAGCAUUUUCGGCGUGGCGCAAACAUUCAAUUCUGGCAAUUACGUCUAUUUUCUGGCACUACGAGAGAUUCAGAAACUGAACAACCCACGGGCAAUCGAUAUAUACGUCAAUGCCCUCAUUCAACUGCAUCGUGGUCAAGGCAUGGAUGUUUUCUGGCGCGAUUCACUCAUCUGUCCCACAGAAGAGGAGUACUUAGACAUGGUCGCUAACAAGACGGGCGCACUGUUCUGUCUUGCCAUCGACUUGCUACAACUCGGUAGCAGAGUCCAGGUGGACUUGAACCCUCUCGUCCAACAAUUUGGGAUGAUCUUCCAAAUUUGUGACGAUUAUCUGAACUUGAAGUCGACGAGCUAUCUGGAGAAGAAAGGCCUCUGUGAGGAUCUUACGGAGGGCAAAUUCUCAUUCCCCAUCAUUCACAGCAUCCGGUCAAAUCCUGGCAACAGGCAACUGAUCAAUGUCUUGAAGCAGAAGUCCCAGGAUGAGGAUCUUAAACGGUUUGCAGUUUCAUACAUGGAAACAACCAAGACGUUCGAGUACAUUCGACGCUUUGUGAAAAGCCUCACACUUGAAGCCUUGGAUAUGAUUGGGGACUUGGAGAAGCAGGGAUUGGGCGAGAACAUUCACGUGCGAAAAAUUCUGGCUCGGAUGUCACUGGAUGAUCAAUGA